AUUUCACACCACCGAUGGAAAAAUACUUCUAGAGGAGGACCCGCCAUGAGCUCGUCGACCUCUCAAAGCCAUACAUGGUGGAAGGAAGCUGUUGUAUACCAAAUCUAUCCAGCUAGCUUCAAGUCGACGGGCGCAGGAGACACUCCAGGAUGGGGCGAUGUCAAGGGCAUCACGUCGAAGCUGGAUUACCUCAAACAUCUCGGUGUGGAUGUCGUAUGGACGUCUCCCAUCUACAGAUCGCCACAAGUCGACAUGGGAUAUGAUAUCUCUGAUUAUGAAGAUAUUGACCCCAAAUACGGCACGCUUGCUGACGUGGAUGAACUCAUCGCCGCACUCAAGCAGAGAGGGAUGAAGCUUAUGAUGGACCUGGUCGUAAAUCACACCUCAGACCAGCACGCUUGGUUCCUCGACUCUCGCGCCUCUAAGGAUAGCAAACACAGAGACUGGUAUAUAUGGAAGCCGCCAAGAUAUGACAAUGAUGGCAACCGUCAGCCUCCAAAUAAUUGGGCAAUGAUUCUUGGUGAGGCGAAUUCUGCUUGGACGUGGGACGAAACGACCCAAGAGUACUACUUGUCGCUCUUCACCCCCGAGCAGCCGGAUUUGAAUUGGGAGAAUCCAGAGGUCCGCGCAGCAGUGCGCGAUGUGCUUCGAUUUUGGCUCGAUCGUGGUGCUAGCGGAUUUAGAAUGGAUGUUAUCAAUCUCAUCAGUAAAGUCCAAAGCUUUCCGGAUGCAGAAGUUCACGAUCCGAAGGCCAAGUUCCAAUCUGGGGAAAAAUAUUUCGCUAAUGGCCCACGUCUUCACGAAUUCCUCCGCGAGAUCAACCAGAAGGUACUCAGUCACUACGAUACCAUCACCGUCGGCGAAAUGCCAUGUGUUACCGACGAAGACGAGAUUCUCAGAGUUGUUGACCCGGAAAGGAAUGAACUCAACAUGAUUUUCAUCUUCGAGCUUGUCGAUAUCAGCAACGUGCCUGGGUCGCCUCGGCUUACACUUUACCCGUGGAAGACGUCCAAACUUCGCAACAUUGUCACAAAAUGGCAAAAUGUCAUGCGGGAACGUGGUGGCUGGAAUAGCGUCUUCCUUGAGAACCACGACAAUCCACGUUCGGUAUCUCAUUUGACCGAUGACUCGGAUGGAAAUCGCGAGCUUGGAGCGAAGCUCCUCUCUCUCAUGGCGACGACUUUAUCUGGUACGCUUUACGUUUACCAGGGAGAAGAACUGGCGAUGCGCAAUGUACCACUCUCAUGGGAUCCGCAGGAGUACAAAGAUAUUGAUACGCAGAACUACUGGAAGAAAAUGAAUGAUCUCUACCCCGGUGACGAAAAGAUGCUUCGUUACGCCAAAGAGGUCAUGCAAAAGAAGGCUCGUGAUCACGCGCGAACACCAGUGCAAUGGACCGACGAAGUCAAUGCGGGUUUCUGCAGUGAGGGUGUCAAGCCCUGGAUGCGGGUCAACGACGAUUACAAGACAAUCAACGCCAAGGCUCAGGCGUCUUUCAGCGAUCCAAAUCAGCUUUCUGUCCUGCAGUAUUGGCGCCAUGGCUUGGAGAACAGGAAGAAACACAAGGAUGUUUUUGUCUAUGGCAGUUUCGAACUGCUUGCCGACGAAGAUGACAGCAUCUUCGCAUAUAAGCGAGCCAGCCAAGAUGAGGCAUUCGUCACGCUGCUCAAUUUCUCAGGCAACACUGUCGAAUGGCAGAUACCAGAAAAUGCGAAAAUACAGAAUUGGGUUGCUGGAAACUAUACCUCGAAGGACCCUGGCCAAAGCGCAUCUGGAUGCAUCCAGCUCCGGCCAUGGGAGGCGAUCUUGGGAGUAGCAAAGCCUUGAGACAGUCAACAGCAGUCGAUAUACCAAGCUUCAGUCAGUCGAACGAGGUAUGAGAGAUAGAUAACAGCACGUUCGAACCUCCACUGUUUUGCCAAGCCCUCAUGAUCUGCAAUCUUCACUCACCAAGUCCCUUUAUCAGGCCGACGCUCAAUCUCAAGCUGUUUCAUAUUGGUCUCUGAUAAUGCCAGAUUCUAUGUACCACUACAGAAUAAUCUGUGGCAUCGGAGCCGCCGGUAAUUCAUGUCGGCUGUCCGGCGAAAAUCUUUAACGCUUGAUGAACGACAUCGACUGCGACCCAUGCAGCGCUAGGCUUUCUGACCGUUGGCCACUAUUUCCAGGCGUCUUUUCGUGGUAUGAGAUCAUGUGGAGAGCAGGAGAAGAAGUUUCAGUCGGCUGUUUUUCGGUUGCAUAUGAACAACGAGAUCCUGCCGCUAUCUUAG